AUGUUCAAGAAUAAUUACCAGGGUGGAUCAGCGGUGGAGGUUUUCAGUGGACAGGGAAAAGACCCUGUAGCUAAAUGGAAACUUAGCGGAGGACCUUCGGCCAUACACAAGGAGUAUGAUAAAGAAGUCCGAGGAUUUGUUUACUGCCUCGAAGGAAGCAGCCAGACAGUCAAGAUGCAAAUGCCAGAGAAUGGGAAAAUGUCUCUCGGGCUUCUCCAAAGAUUCUUGGUGCUUCAAGUGAAUAUCCCUCAGCUAAAAGAUUUUUCCAUAGAGCUUGUAAUAACUGAUUCACAGCACCUCAAAAGAAGGCUUCGCUUAUCAACAGUGCACAAAGAGUUGUCUGCCACUCUUUUGCAUGCAAAGAUACCUUUAGUAGGAUUGAAACGCAAUAUCUGGUCUACUUUGUACAUCGACCUUGUAUCAUACGCCGAUGAACUGUUCAAAGGAUUUUUGGCACUGGAUGGAAUCACUUUGUUCGCUACCUGUAAAGUCCGCAGAAUCCUCACGAUCAAACCGGAGACCUCAGGAGUUUCAUGUGAUGAUAUUUCCCUCAGUGGUUCUGCUCUGAUGGACUUGAUACCUCGUGGGUGCUACUUCCCGCCAGGUGUCAGCCAUGUGACUCAGGUGCUCAACAUGCAGAGUUUACAGAAGGCAGCUGAGAGGGCUGGACCGUUGAGCUCUGACUGUGGUUCUGAUCAGUCAGGCAUUCCCAGAACACCCAGUAACAGAAGGAAAAAACCCAAGGGUGUUUCACACACAGCAACCGGUUCCAGGGUAACAGGUCCACAAUCUCAAACUGUGAUGAAGAGCAGUCCUGCCACAUACGGAACAGAUACAUGCUCUCUCUUUGUCUCAAAUACGGGGUCCUCAUCCAUUAGAAUGAACCAAAAAGUUUCUGCAGAGUGUCAGAGCCCUGCCAGCCUGAGUGAAAAAUUAUCACAAAGAGAACCAAGGUCACAAAUUCUGCUUGAGGGAACACCUGGCAGUAUGCAGCCACAUCCACCAAAUGACAAAGCGUUUGACAAGCUGGGAUCGAAAAAGCUGCGGGUCUACAGUACUGGAAAAGAGAAGCCAGCGACAUCUGCUCCUCCAGAUGUGGUGCCUAGAAUGACAAAUAAAACCAGAGAAUCGUGCACCCCUCCGACCAGUAGGCAUGAGAGCAGGCAACCUGGGAGCCAAACAGAAAAGCCUGAGGACCCUUCAGCAGAGCCAGCAGAGUCUGUCUCCUGUUCGAUUCGAUCAGGUUUGUCUGGUGACCUGCAGGUCUGUAGCAGCUGGGAGAGUAAUGAGGGGUCCGAGCCCGAGCUCACUCUACGAGAGUUGUUCACUUUCUUAUCCCAGCCACAUUCACCCAAACGGGGGCAAGGCCAGGGCGACCAGGAGAGGCUGGAGAUGGGAUAUGAGCAGGUUCAGAGCAGAAGUAGGAGGCAGUAUGAGGCCCAGCCUGAAGAUGACUUCAUCGGCAGUGAGAGUGAUGAGGAUAACACCUACAUUGCCUUCCAACAAAAAAGAACUAGCGCUGAGUCCAGCCCUUCUACUCCCAGAUCUCCCAAUCCAGCUUCAGAUGUACAACUUGAAGUCCAUCCUGAAUGUCUUAACAUGGACCAACGAACACAAAAAGAGCUCAGUCCACCUGCCGCUAGUAAACACUCUGCAUCCAGAGAAAGAGCUCAACCUGCUGGGAUUGUCCCCACACGCUGCCUCUCACCCAGCGCAACACCCAGCAGACAGGAACAGAAGUGUGACCCAUGGGUGAGCCAAGUUCUGGUUGGUAGCAGCAGUAUAUCGCUUUCUCGGAGGCUCCUGCAAGAAGUCAAGGGGAAGGAUCCCUUAAAACCAAAGUCUGCUGGUCCCAGGAAUCCCCGAUUACUCUCGCUUAGCAGUCUGCGAAUACACGGGGAUGACGAUGAUGAGCUUCGAAUGCUGGCAAGCCUGAAAAGGGAGCAUGAGGAAGAUGAAUGCAGAUCCUCGAGCCUCAGAGCAUCUCAGAUCCACCAGUGCAAUGUCAGCAUCAGCAUGAGCAGUGACGACACUUCAACCUGGACCCACAUCUCCACGCCAGCUAAUCAGGGUCACCAUUAUCAGAAGGAAAUGAACCCCCUCUUGCAAUCAAACCCCAGGGAGUGGAUGGAUGUGCUCAGCCCGCCUAUUAUGCCUCCCGGCCAGCAGAGAAGGUCAGAAGACACGUGGAACAAUCUGGGAAACUUAAACACAGGAAAGGAUGAGUUGAUAAAUGAAGAGGAGAGCGAGGAAGACUUUUUGAAUCUGCUCUAUGAUCCUUGCCUGAACUGCUAUUUCGAUCCAAAGACAGGGAAGUACUAUGAACUAGCUUGACUCAAAGCUCAAGAGAAUCCCAAUGAAUAAAUCAGAAGUCAUUGAUAGCAGAUGAAUAUCUUCUGGAUUCUUUCUUUGGGCCUAGUGUAUUGAUCAGUGAUGAAUAUUGCAUUCACAGAAAACUCUUCCGUGUUGCAGCUUUUUUGUUUCUUAUGGACUAUGGGUUCCCUUUUGUUUUUCCACUUCCAAGUAGUGUCAUGUUCGUGUGUAAAGGAGUGGGUUUCAGUAUAUCAGAUGCAUGCUUUUUGCAGGAAAUUGAUUUGCUCAUUCAGCAGCACAUCUGAUGGUGAAGAAUGUCUUUUCAGAAGUCUUGGCUGUAUGAAUAUGUAAGCCGUCUGUAGUUAAAAGAAGCUCCAGGAUGUUCUUUCUAAGUUUCCUGAUUUCUAAAUAUAUCCCAGAUUGGCAUUACUGUACAGGUAGUUCUGUUCCUUAUUU